AUGGCCGCCACGGCCGUGCAGCUCGGCCGCGGGGGCCCCGACGCCCCGGCCCCGCGGCUCGUCGGCGGUGCCGAGAGGCUCUUCGGGGACGGCGUGGACGUCGGGGACGACAGCUACUCGGAGUUCCGGAUCCCCGCGCUGGUGGCGACCGACGCGAGGCUGGUCGCGUUCGCCGAGGGCCGCCGCGGCGUCACGGGCGUGCACGGCGACUUCGCGGAGACGGAGCUGGUCUUCCGCACGCGCCCGGCGGCGGCGGCGGGAGCGGUGCCGGAGCCGUGGAGCCCGGUAGAGUCCCUGGCGACGCUACUGAGGAACUCCAGUUUCUGCAACGGCACCGAGUCCGAGUGCCUCCCAGCGGACUGCCAGAGGCACAUGAGCAACCCCGCCCCGGCGGUCAUCAGCUCGCAGCGUGGGGACCUCCUGAUGGUCUUCAACUGCGAGAACACCGGCACCUAUGCCGUGAGGCUGCAGGUGGCGCAGGCGCCAGGCGUCCCCGCGGUCUCCCUUGCCGGGCCCCUUCAGACAGUCCUGACAGCCCCGCCCAGGGGCGCCUCGUGGGCGGGCGUCGGGCCGCCCGCGAGCCUCUUCCUGGCAGAGGAGGGCGUCGUGCUUGUGCCUCUCUAUUAUGCGUGGACGCGCAAGCCGGAGCUUUUUGACGGCCUUGACUCGUUCGGGAUGACGCUGAGCUACGACCUGGACUCGGGGGAGUGGUCCACCCCCUGCGAGGAGUACGGCGGAUCGAAGGGUCAGGUGAACGAGCAUCAGUACUUCAGCUACGGGGGAGAGGUCUGGGCUUUCGCGCGCACCAUCAACUACAACCCGUGGAACCCACGCCGCACGCUUCUUCGCCGUGGCUCGGCUGGCAGCGGCGACAGCUGCUUCGAGGUGGUUGCGCAGCCCCGCUUCUUCGAGCAGCUGCAGGGCUGCGAGGGCUCGGUGCUCACCGUCGGGGAGAACGGGAGCGAGCGAGUCUUCUACACUGGAGUCGACGGCAGCGUCCUGUACCGCAGCAAGCUGCAGCUGUUCGAGGCGCAGACGGGCGGCGGCGCUGGCCAGCCCGCAAUAGCAGGGUGGACGCCUCUGGCGACGCUCCACGGUGGAGGUGCCGCCUACUCCGGGAUGGCAGUCGUCGAUGGAGGCCUUCUUGGCGUCCUGUACGAGCGCAGCGACGAGGCCGCGCUGAGCUUCCAUCCAACCGACAUUGUCUUACAUCGUGUCAACAUCUCCGCGGCCACGGGGCGGCGUCUCGCACCGAGCCGUCUCCGCAGUGGCCGUGGCGCUCAGUGA